AUGGGCAACACAUGCCGCGGAUCUUUGAAAGGGAAAUAUAUUCAGGGCUUCAGCCAGCCCGAAGACCACUCCAAGCGCACCACCCUUUCUGAUCGCCCCGACUCCGAACACCCCUCCUCAGCCAAACCAAAUAUCAAUUCUGUAGAAAACAAUAUCAUAGUCAACGACGACAACAACAACAACAACAACAACAACAAUCUACCCUUCAACUCCAAGAAAGACUCCACCAUGCGCCGCGGCCUCGACAACCAAGCAUAUUAUGUCUUGGGCCAUAAGACUCCCAACAUUCGUGAUCUGUACACUCUUGGCCGCAAAUUGGGACAGGGACAAUUUGGCACCACUUAUUUAUGUACCGAGAAUUCUACCUCCAUCGAAUAUGCCUGCAAAUCCAUCUCCAAAAGGAAGUUGAUUUCCAAGGAGGACGUCGAGGACGUUAGGAGGGAAAUUCAGAUAAUGCAUCAUUUAGCUGGUCACAGUAACAUUGUCACCAUCAAGGGUGCUUACGAGGAUCCUCUCUAUGUUCAUAUUGUCAUGGAGCUUUGUUCUGGGGGUGAGUUGUUUGAUCGCAUCAUCCAGAGGGGCCACUAUACCGAGAGAAAGGCUGCAGAGUUGACCAAAAUUAUUGUUGGGGUUGUUGAGGCUUGUCAUUCCCUUGGGGUCAUGCAUAGAGAUCUCAAGCCCGAAAACUUUUUGUUGGUCAAUAAAGAUGAUGAUUUCUCUCUUAAAGCAAUUGACUUCGGCCUCUCCGUUUUCUUCAAACCCGGUCAAAUUUUCACUGAUGUCGUGGGCAGCCCGUACUAUGUUGCUCCUGAGGUUCUCCUCAAGCAUUAUGGGCCUGAAGCAGAUGUGUGGACAGCGGGUGUCAUACUGUACAUAUUGCUUAGUGGUGUACCACCAUUUUGGGCAGAGACCCAGCAGGGUAUAUUUGAUGCAGUCUUGAAGGGACAUAUAGAUUUUGACUCAGAACCUUGGCCUCUAAUAUCUGACAGUGGAAAAGAUCUCAUUAGAAAGAUGCUGUGUUCUCAGCCUUCAGAACGGUUGACUGCUCAUCAAGUGUUAUGUCAUCCUUGGAUAUGUGAAAAUGGAGUUGCACCUGACAGGGCAAUAGACCCUGCUGUUCUUUCUCGUCUCAAACAGUUUUCUGCAAUGAAUAAGCUAAAGAAGAUGGCGUUGCGGGUGAUUGCUGAAAGUCUAUCCGAAGAGGAGAUUGCUGGUUUGAGAGAAAUGUUUCAGGCUAUGGAUACCGAUAACAGUGGUGCAAUCACAUUUGAUGAACUCAAAGCUGGUCUAAGAAGAUAUGGGUCUACCCUUAAAGAUAUAGAAAUACGUGAUCUAAUGGAAGCGGCUGAUGUGGACAAAAGUGGAACCAUAGAUUAUGGGGAGUUUAUUGCUGCAACAGUUCAUCUCAACAAACUAGAGCGUGAAGAACAUCUUAUCGCAGCAUUCCGAUAUUUUGAUAAGGAUGGUAGUGGUUAUAUUACAGUUGAUGAACUUCAACAAGCUUGUGCAGAACAUAACAUGACUGAUGCUUUUCUUGAAGAUAUUAUUAGAGAAGUUGAUCAAGAUAAUGAUGGAAGGAUUGAUUAUGGUGAAUUUGCUGCCAUGAUGCAAAAAGGCAAUGCUGGAAUUGGUAGGAGGACUAUGCGCAACAGUCUGAAUUUAAGCAUGAGAGAUGCACCAAGUUCUCAAUAG